AGACAACUUUUUUGUAUAAAUAUAAGUCCGUUAAAGUAAAACUUUUUUAUAGAUAGGUUAGGUUAGAUGAAGUUACGAGUAUGAUUGUACUUAUUUUUUGGUUUAUUUAAUUCAUUAAUUAAUAUAAUAUUUUUUGAUAGAGAAAAACAGAAUUAUAUACAAAGGUUUUCUACAGUUGUUCCGUGAAAGUAAAGACAUUUUGUAUAAUAAUCUCGUUUAAGACGUUUGCAAAGUUUAAUUCAUCGAAAAACGAUAACAUUAAUAUCUUUAAUUAUCCAAAUAAUUUUGUGAAAAUAAUGAGUACGAAUAUAGUUGUCCUUGGUUCAUGUAUGAUAGACUUUACUUGCUAUGCAUCUCGCUUACCAAAACCUGGAGAGACUAUAUUUGGUAGCGAAUUUAAAAUAAAAUAUGGUGGGAAGGGUGCUAAUCAAUGUGUGAGUGCUGCUAAACUUGGUGCAACAACGACGCUUAUUGGAUCAUUGGGUAACGACAAUUAUGCAAAAACUUAUUUGGAUAUAUUGAAAAAGGAAAAUGUAGAUACUGCUUAUAUUCAAAUACAAAAGGAUAAACAAAGUGGAAUAGCUCAUAUUACAGUUGCUAAUAACGGAGAAAAUAGUAUAGUGGUCGUACCAGGAGCUAAUGACCUUUUAAGCGUUGAUCAAGUUAUAUAUUCUACCGAUUUAAUUAAAAAUGCCACGGUCUUACUAUGUCAAUUUGAAUCACCAUUAGACGCUACUUUGCAAGCUUUACGAAUCCAUAAGGGCCAUGGGCUUUCAAUUGUGAAUGGUUCACCGGCCGUAGAGAAUAUCCAUCCAGAGAUUUUCGAAUUGUGCGACAUAUUUUGUAUUAACGAGACCGAGGCCGAAUUAAUAACAGGAGUACAACCACUGAUGUUAUCGAAUGCGCAAAAUGCAAUCGACAUUUUAUUUUCUAAAGGCUGUAAUAUGAUUAUACUUACUCUUGGAUCUUUAGGCGCCGUUUAUGCUUCUAAAGAGAACAGAAAGAUAACUCAAAUCUCAACAACAAAAGUCGAUCCUAUUGAUACUACUGGAGCAGGAGACGCAUUUCUGGGUAGUCUAAGCUACUUUAAAGCGUAUCAUCCUCAUUUGUCGACGAAGGAAUGCAUUAGCAGAGCUUGCAAGAUCGCUACGGAGACGGUAUUAAAAAUUGGUACGCAAGAAAGUUUCCCAAUGAAGAGUGAUCUUCCGCAGGAAUUAUUUAUAUAAUACUUUUUAUUAUUAUUAUUAUUAUUAUUAUUAUUAUUAUUAUUAUUAUUAUUUUUUUUUUUUUUUUUUUUUUUUGGACAUAUAACCCUUUAAACGAGUGAAUGAUCUAUGUAAGGAUUUCAUUGUUAUUAUAGUAAAAACGGUAAAACUAAUGAGUUGUAUACGUUUAGAUUCCUCAUUGAUAAUAAAGUGAAAUUUACGUAAGGAA